AUGCCGUGCGUCGCGUCUAUUGACCAGGGCACCACCUCUAGUCGGUGCAUCAUCUUCGACGAAACGUUCACCAUUCUCUCAGCGCACCAGCUGUUCCAUAAGCAGAUCACGCCGCGGCCUGGGUGGCUGGAGCACGAUCCGGAAGAGAUCUACAGCAACUGCUGCCUCUGCCUUGCCGAGGCGCUGAAGAAGCUGCGGUCAAAAGACCCCAAGCUCGCCAAAGUGGCAGCGAUAGGUAUCACGAAUCAGCGUGAGACGGGUGUCGCCUGGGACCGCAAGACCGGGAAGCCACUGUGCAACGCCAUUGUGUGGAGCGACGCCCGUACCUAUGAGGUGAGCAACCGCAUCGCGACACAAUGUGGCGGCGGCGACAGCAACUUUGCCGCCAAGAUUACUGGCUUGCCCGUUAGCACCUACUUCACCGCCUUCAAGUUCCGAUGGAUGUUGGAAAAUGUCCCAGCCGUCGCCGCGGCGCGUAAGAGCGGCUCGCUACUCCUCGGCACUAUCGAGACGUGGCUGCUGUGGAAGCUGAGCGAGGGCAAGGUGUUUGUGACGGAUGUGUCCAACGCCAGUCGCACCUUCCUAAUGAACCUGAGGACGCAGCAGUGGUGCGACAAGCUCUGCCAGGAGCUCGACAUUCCACGCGCCGCACUGCCGGAGAUUCGCAGCAACAGCGAGCGCUACUGCGAUGUCACAGCCAACGAUCACGGCAUCCGCGAUGCUCUCGGCGUGCCGACGCCCGUGACGGGCUGCAUUGGCGACCAGCAGAGUGCCCUGUUUGGCCACAUAGGUCUGCAAAAGGGUGAUGCCAAGAACACGUAUGGCACAGGCUGUUUUGUGCUCAUGAACGUGGGUGCGGAGCCGCAGUUCUCGAAGCACGGCCUGCUUGGCACUAUUGCGUAUAAACUGGGUACCGAGCCGGCCAAAUUUGCCCUGGAGGGCUCCAUUGCUGGCGCCGGCGCCACGGUGGAGUGGAUGCGGUCCAACCUUGGCUUCUUCGACCACCCCAUGGAGAUGGAGAGCAUUGCCCGCAAAGUGAGCGAUACUGACGGAGUCGUGCUCGUGCCUGCCUUCGGCGGUCUGCUCGCCCCGUACUGGGACCCGACUGCUCGUGGCACCCUUGUAGGCAUGACGUACAAAACGAAUAAGUCGCACAUAAUCCGCGCCGCCCUCGAGGCCAUCUCCAUGCAGGUGAACGCAGUGAUGCUUGCUAUGAAAGAGGACAGCGGCGUUGAGAUCAACUGCCUGCGCGUCGACGGUGGGCUCACGCGCAGUCGCCUGCUCAUGGAGAUGCAGGCUGACAUCCUGGGUGUGAACCUUUACGUCCCGCAUCUCACCGAAACGACCGCUCUUGGCGCCGCCCUUUGCGCUGGCCUGGCUGUUGGCGUCUGGAAGUCGAUCGAGGAGGUGCAGAAGACGGCCAAGGAUCACCUGCGCGGCGAGACUGUGGCCCCAGUCACGACAGAUGAGCAGGUGCGCAAGGCUCGCCUGGAUGCCUGGAACGCCGCCGUGAAGCUGUCGCAAUGGGCGAAGCUGUAA